UGCGUCAGCCUUGACGUAGAGCUCGAGGUUUUGUGAGACGACGGGAUGAAACCGUGAUCAGAGCCGCGGAUAAAACCUGCAGCUGUGACGUCAGCAUGGCUCUGAAGGCUCAGGUUCUGUACGACUUCACAGCCGAACCAGGAAACAACGAGCUGUCGGUCAGACAGGGAGAGACCGUCACCGUGAUCAACCAGGAUGUGGGCGGAGGAUGGAUCGCAGCCCAGAACUCCAGCGGACAAACUGGACUCGUCCCUGAGGGGUAUUUACAGAUGGGUGGAGGCGGAGACUCGUGGUCUGGAGGAGGAGCUUCUUUCCGUCAUGCAGAGGGAUGGGAUGGUGGAGGACCUUCACAACAAGCUGUGGAUGAUGAUGAUGGUGAGUGGGAUGAUGACUGGGACGACCAAUCUGUAAGCAGUUACCAUGGCAACGGCCAGGCGGAGGAGGAUGGUGGGGCUUCAGGAAGGAGUACGCACGGACCCUCCGUCAAGAUCUCCCUCAACAAGUUCCCGUUCUCCAAAGGUCCUAAUCCAGAGGUCUUCCUUUUGGCCAAACCACCUGCUAACAGCAGAGACAGACUUCCUGUCUACAUGGGAGAAGUGGGCCCAGUCUGGCUCUACCCAACAUCUCCACUGAGCUGUGUGAUUGCCGAUCCAAAGAAAGAGUCCAAACUCUAUGGACUGAAGAGCUUCAUUGAGUACCAGAUCACAGCUAACACCACCCACAGACCUGUCAAUCAUCGCUACAAGCACUUUGAUUGGCUGUAUGAACGUCUGUUGGAGAAGUUCGGCUCUGUCUUGCCCAUUCCCUCAUUACCUGACAAACAGGUCACAGGCAGGUUUGAGGAUGAUUUCAUCAGGAUGAGGAUGGAGCGCCUGCAGGCCUGGAUGACUCGGAUGUGUCGUCACCCCGUUGUCUCUCAAAGCGAAGUCUUCCAGCUCUUCCUCACCUACAAAGAUGAGCGGGACUGGAAAAUGGGGAAGAGAAAGGCAGAGAAAGAUGAGAUGGUGGGACCAAUGAUGUUCAGUCUGGUUGAACCUGAAGCUGUAGAGCUCGACGCUGUCCAGGUAGAACAGAGAUGCGAGCAGUACAGUCGCUUCACUAAGUCUAUGGAUGAUGGAGUCAGAGAGCUGCUAAACGUCGGGCACACACACUGGAAACGGUGCACUGGACCGCUGCCUAAAGAGUACGAGCGGAUUGGCCAAGCUUUCAGAAACCUGUCCACUGUUUUCGUCAGCAGCAAAUAUCCAGGAGAGGUGACGCUGACAGACGCUCUCUCAGCUGCUGGGAAAACCUAUGAGGAGAUCGCUCAGAUUGUUGCAGAGCAGCCUCAGAAGGAUCUUCACUUCCUCCUGGAGACAAACAGCGAGUAUAAAGGCCUGCUGGGAUGUUUUCCUGAAAUCAUCGCUGUACACAAGGCUGCAGUAGAUAAAGUGAAGGAAGCCGAUCGUCUGGUUUCUGCUGGAAAAAUCAGCAGCAGCGACAGGAAGUGCAUGAACCAGCGUGUCAGCUGCAUGAGCUACUCGCUGCAGGCUGAGAUGAAUCAUUUCCAUAGCAACCGUAUCUAUGACUACAACCGAGUGAUGCAGUUCUACUUGCAGCAGCAGGUGACUUUUUACCAGCAGAUUGCAGAUAAACUGCGAGAAGCUCUGAGCCAUUUCACCACACUGUGAGGAUGGAGCCUAAUGAUGUCACUGAUGAUGUCAUCGGCAAGCCUUUGUCCGCUACAUUUUUAACUCAGUAAAAUCUUUUAAUCUGUUACAUGAAGAGACGUCAGGGUGUAAAUGAACAGUUUAACUUUCAGUAAUGAUGAUUUAUUUAAGACUUUUUCACAGAUUAUUAAUGUUUUAACUGUAUUUUCCACAUUAAAUGAGUCUUUCUGUCA